CUGCCCGUGCAGUUCCUGCUUAAGAGACCCCGGAGUGGGGCGCUCGCCCGGAGCCAGGCCGCGGCCGCCAUAGUGCCUGGCUUGAAGGUGUCGCCGUCGCUCGGUGAGGGCCCGGAGAGCGGCCAAGGAGAGAGGGGAGGGGGUGGAAAACCAAACAAACAAAAACCAGGCAGCCGAGCGGAAGCCCCUCAGCACCGGCCCGCGGCGUGCGGGUUUCCCGAGUCCGCGGCCCAAAGGAAGGGAAGGAAGGCCGAGGCGAGAGGAGCGCGGAGGAGCCAGCGAGCAGGAAGAGCGUCCGGGAGUCUCGGCGGUGUCGGCUGAAGCCACCCGGCCGCGCGGGCUGGGGCCCGGGGUGGUGAGGAAGGGCGGCGAGGCCUAGUCGCGGCCCGGCGGCGGCUUUGUGUCGGCGGCGUGGGGAGGGAGGCGGGAAGGCCGGAGAGGCGGCAGGAAGGAAGGCAGGAAGGCCUCGCGCCGCGCCGCCCGCCCGCCCCGUCCGCCCCGUCCGCCGCCCGCCGGCCGCGGCCCGGCCUAGGCCGCGGUCGCCCGCCGCCCCCCGGGGAGCAGGCGGCCGGGGUGCGAGCGUGUGUGUGGCGGGGGCCUGGGCCGGGGGGCCGCCGACGCCGGUCGUCCGGAAGCCGGGAGGAGGCGAAAAGGCCGCUCGUGGACUCGGGGCCUAGUGCCCUCUCCCCGCGGCCUUCCCCGGGGCCCGGGUCACCCCCAUCCACGGAAAAGAGCGAGAGAAAGCGAUCCGCCGGGAGGUGCGGCCGCGCUAUGGACCCCUGACCCCCGCGGGGGUCAUUCGGACUCUCUUAACGUGUGGACUGGCCGCUACUGACUGCACCGCCUUGCCCCCCAGCCUUCCCCACCCGGCUCCUGCGGCUUUUAGCAUGAGCGAGCGGGAUCCAGCCGGGUGACAUUGUGCCGGUUGGCGAAUUCUCGAUUUCUUCUCCCAGCCCUCUUCCCUUCCCGAGUUCCCCCCCAAAUCCUCUUCCAACCCUCUAUGAAGCGCUUCUGAGUCUCCCGAGGGCGGGGGUUGUCCUGGAUUAUUGUUCUUACGAACCCCCUGCUUGUGGUUGGGGAAGGGUAUUUAAUCUGGAGGCCUUAGGGUCCUUCGGUGUCUGUUUUUUUUUCGUGUGUGUACAUAUUUUGCUUUGAAAGUUGAUAAAUAUACGUAUAUUGAGAGUGUCCACGUCUCCUCGCUGAACCGUAGGAGUCCUUUUGGCACAAUGUCUUGUGUACAUUAUAAAUUCUCCUCUAAACUCAACUAUGAUACCGUCACUUUUGAUGGACUCCACAUCUCCCUCUGCGACUUAAAGAAGCAGAUUAUGGGGAGAGAGAAGCUGAAAGCUGCCGAUUGCGACCUGCAGAUCACUAACGCGCAGACGAAAGAAGAAUAUACUGAUGAUAAUGCUCUGAUUCCUAAGAACUCAUCUGUAAUUGUUAGAAGAAUUCCUAUUGGAGGUGUUAAAUCCACAAGCAAGACAUAUGUUAUAAGUCGAACUGAGCCAGUGAUGGGAACUACAAAAGCAAUUGAUGACUCUUCUGCAUCUAUUACUCUGGCCCAGCUUACAAAGACCGCCAAUCUGGCUGAAGCCAAUGCUUCUGAAGAAGAUAAAAUUAAAGCAAUGAUGUCGCAAUCUGGCCAUGAAUACGACCCAAUCAAUUACAUGAAGAAACCUCUAGGUCCACCACCUCCAUCCUAUACCUGUUUCCGUUGUGGUAAACCUGGCCAUUAUAUUAAGAAUUGUCCAACAAAUGGGGAUAAGAACUUUGAAUCUGGUCCUCGGAUUAAAAAGAGCACUGGGAUUCCCAGAAGUUUUAUGAUGGAGGUGAAAGAUCCUAACAUGAAAGGUGCAAUGCUUACCAACACUGGAAAAUAUGCAAUACCAACAAUAGAUGCUGGGAGACUCCUCUUUCACAAAUUGGGAACAGUGGGGCAUAAGCAAAUUGAUACUUAUUUCUGGAAUCGUGGUGAUGUCUAUGGAGCAACUGCAACACAAAUAACACACCUAAGAGAGGCAUAUGCAAUAGGGAAGAAAGAAAAACCACCCUUCCUACCAGAGGAGCCAUCCUCUUCAUCAGAAGAGGACGAUCCCAUCCCAGACGAACUGCUGUGCCUCAUCUGCAAAGACAUCAUGACCGAUGCUGUUGUCAUUCCCUGCUGUGGAAACAGUUACUGUGAUGAGUGUAUAAGAACAGCACUCUUGGAAUCAGAUGAACAUACAUGUCCAACAUGUCAUCAAAAUGAUGUAUCUCCUGAUGCUUUAAUUGCCAAUAAAUUUUUACGACAGGCUGUUAAUAACUUCAAAAAUGAAACUGGUUAUACAAAAAGACUGCGAAAACAAUUACCUCCACCACCACCCCCAAUACCACCUCCAAGACCUCUCAUUCAGCGGAACCUGCAGCCUCUCAUGAGGUCUCCAAUAUCACGACAACAAGAUCCUCUGAUGAUUCCAGUGACGUCUUCAUCGGCUCACCCUGCUCCCUCAAUAUCUUCACUAGCGUCCAACCAGUCCUUGGCCCCUCCUGUACCUGGAAGUGCAUCUAAUGCCCCAGCUCCUGUACCCGAUAUAACCGCAACAGUGUCCAUAUCAGUCCAUUCAGAAAAGUCUGACGGACCUUUCCGGGACUCUGAUACUAAAUUAUUGCCAGCUGCCGCCCUUGCUUCAGAACAUUCAAAGGGAACGUCCUCAAUUGCACUUACUGCUCUUAUGGAGGAGAAGGGUUACCAGGUGCCUGUCCUUGGAACUCCAUCUUUGCUGGGACAGUCGUUAUUACAUGGACAAUUGAUCCCUACGACUGGCCCAGUAAGGAUAAAUGCUGCUCGGCCAGGUGGGGGUCGGCCAGGCUGGGAACAUUCCAACAAGCUUGGAUAUCUGGUUUCUCCACCACAGCAAAUUAGAAGAGGGGAGAGAAGCUGCUACAGAAGUAUAAAUCGUGGGCGACACCACAGUGAAAGAUCCCAGAGGACUCAAGGCCCAUCACUACCAGCAACUCCAGUCUUCGUACCUGUUCCACCACCUCCUCUGUAUCCACCUCCCCCCCACACGCUUCCUCUCCCUCCAGGUGUGCCUCCCCCACAGUUUUCUCCUCAGUUUCCUCCUGGCCAGCCUCCUCCUGCUGGGUAUAGCGUCCCUCCUCCAGGGUUUCCGCCAGCACCUGCCAACUUAUCCACACCCUGGGUAUCAUCAGGAGUGCAGACAGCCCAUUCAAAUACCAUCCCAACAACACAAGCGCCACCUUUGUCCAGGGAAGAAUUCUAUAGAGAACAGCGGCGACUAAAAGAAGAGGAAAAGAAAAAGUCCAAGCUAGAUGAGUUUACAAAUGAUUUUGCUAAGGAAUUGAUGGAAUACAAAAAGAUUCAAAAGGAGCGUAGGCGCUCAUUUUCCAGGUCUAAAUCUCCCUAUAGUGGUUCAUCAUAUUCAAGAAGUUCAUAUACUUACUCUAAGUCAAGAUCUGGUUCAACACGUUCACGCUCUUAUUCUCGAUCCUUCAGCCGCUCGCAUUCUCGUUCCUAUUCGAGAUCACCUCCAUACCCCAGAAGAGGCAGAGGCAAGAGUCGAAAUUACCGUUCUCGCUCUAGAUCGCACGGAUAUCAUCGGUCUAGGUCCAGGUCACCCCCCUAUAGACGGUAUCAUUCACGAUCGAGAUCGCCUCAAUCAUUUAGAGGCCAGUCUCCCAACAAGCGUAAUGUACCUCAAGGAGAAGCAGAACGUGAAUAUUUUAAUAGAUACAGAGAAGUUCCACCGCCUUAUGACAUGAAAGCAUAUUAUGGGAGGAGUGUUGACUUUAGAGACUCAUUUGAGAAAGACCGUUACCGAGAAUGGGAGAGAAAAUACAGAGAGUGGUAUGAAAAAUAUUACAAAGGGUAUGCUGCUGGAGCACAACCUAGACCCUCAGCCAAUCGAGAGAACUUUUCUCCAGACAGACUUUUGCCUCUCAAUAUCAGGAAUUCACCCUUCACAAGAGGCCGCAGAGAAGACUAUGUUGGUGGACAGAGUCAUAGGAGUCGAAAUAUAGGUGGCAGUUACCCGGAAAAGCUUUCAGCCAGAGACAGUCACAAUCAGAAGGAUAACACAAAAUCAAAAGAGAAGGACAGUGAAAAUGUUCCCGGAGAUGGCAAAGGAAACAAACACAAGAAGCACAGAAAAAGAAGAAAGGGUGAAGAGAGUGAAGGCUUUCUCAACCCAGAGUUAUUAGAGACUUCUAGGAAAUCCAGAGAACCUACAGGUGUUGAGGAAACUAAGACAGAUACGUUAUUUGUCCUCCCAAGUAGAGAUGAUGCUACGCCUGUUAGGGAUGAGCCAAUGGACGCAGAAUCUAUCACGUUUAAGUCCAUGUCUGAAAAAGACAAGCGAGAAAAAGAUAAGCCAAAAGCAAAAAGUGAUAAGACCAAACGGAAAAGUGAUGGGUCUGCUACAUCCAAAAAAGAAAAUGCUGUCAAACCCGCUAAAGGACCCCAGGAAAAGCUAGAUGGGGAACGGGAAAAAUCUCCUCGGGCCGAACCUCCACUUAAGAAGGCCAAAGAGGAGGCUCCAAAGACUGAUGCUGCUAAACCAUCAUCGUCGUCGUCCUCUCAAAAGGAUGAAAAGGUCCCCGGGACCCCCAGGAAAACCCACUCGAAGUCCACAAAGGAGCACCAGGAGACAAAGCCUGUCAAAGAGGAAAAGGUGAAGAAGGAUUACUCCAAAGACACAAAACCAGAAAAGCCAACCAACAAGGAAGAAAAGGCCAAGAAGCCUGAGAAGAGCAAAACACUUGAGAGCAAGGGAGAAAAAAGAAAGAGAAAAACAGAAGAAAAGGGUGUGGAUAAAGAUUUGGAAUCUUCUUCCAUGAAGAUCUCUAAACUAGAAGGAACCGAAAUAGUGAAACCAUCUCCUAAGCGCAAAAUGGAGCCUGACGUUGAAAAGAUGGAUAGGACCCCAGAAAAAGACAAGGCUGCAUCAUCAACGGCCCCAGCCAAGAAAAUCAAGCUCAACAGAGAAACGGGGAAGAAAAUUGGAAGCACAGAAAAUGUUUCAAGUGCAAAAGAACCGUCUGAAAAACUAGAGUCAGCAUCUGGCAAAAUUAAACAGGAAAAGGUCAAAGGGAAGGCUAAGCGGAAAGUAACUGGGACAGAAGGCUCCAGCUCCACUCUCGUGGAUUAUACCAGCACAAGUUCAACUGGAGGCAGUCCUGUGCGGAAAUGUGAAGAAAAAACAGACACAAAGCGAACUGUGAUUAAAACUAUGGAAGAGUACAAUAAUGACAACACGGCUCCUGCUGAAGAUGUUAUUAUUAUGAUCCAGGUUCCUCAGUCCAAGUGGGACAAAGAUGACUUUGAAUCUGAAGAAGAAGAGAUGAGAUCCACACAGCCUAUGCCAAGUGUAGCAAAACCAUCCAGUGUUAUAAAAACUGUGAGCACCAAGCCGUCAACUGCAGUCAAGUAUGCCGAGAAAGACAGUGAGCCGGCAGAGAAAAUUCAGAAGCUCACCAAGGAGGUGAGCCAUGAAAUUGUGCAGCAUGAAGUCAAAAGUUCAAAAAACUCUGCAUCUAGUGAGAAGGGCAAGACCAAAGAUCGAGACCAUUCAGUGUUAGAAAAGGAAAAUCCUGAAAAGAGGAAGAAUAGCACUCAACCAGAGAAAGAUAAUAAUUUGGACCGACUGAGUGAACAAGGAACCUUUAAAAGUCUGUCUCAAUCUUCCAAAGAGACUAGACCUUCGGAUAAUAAGCACGAUUCUGUGCGUGGUUCCUCAAGUAAAGACUUCACUCCCAAUAGAGAUAAAAAAACUGACUUUGACAACCGAGAGCAUUCAAGUUCCAAGCGGAGAGAUGAAAGAAGUGAGUUAACAAGAAGAAAAGACUCUCCUCCUCGCAGUAAAGAUAAAGACUCUGCUUCCGGACAGAAAAGUAGGCCGAGGGAGGAGAGAGAUUUGCCUAAAAAAGCAACAGGAGACUCCAAGAAAAGCAAUUCUAGCCCCUCAAGAGACAAAAAGCCUCAUGAUUAUAAAGCCGCUUAUGACACUAAACGCUCAAGUGAAGAGACAAAGUCCGUAGACAAAAAUCCCUGUAAGGAUCGCGAGAAGCAUGUGUCAGAGGCGUGGAGCAAUAAGGAGUCAAGUGGCGCCAAGUUACCUAGCAUGCCCAGUGUGCCCAGCACACCCAUCCCGCCCAUCCCGCCCAGCACACCAGAGCCGCAGGUAGAAAAGGAGCCGGUGACCGCACACCUGGACAAGAAUGCUGUUAAGCCUAAACCCCAGCCAAGCCAUUCCUCUAGACUUUCCUCUGACCUAACCCGAGAGACUGAUGAAGCUGCUUUUGAACCAGACUAUAAUGAGAGCGACAGUGAAAGUAACAUAUCUGUGAAAGAAGAGGAAACGUCCACAAAUAUUUCCAAGGACCUAAAAGAAAAAGCCACAGUAGAGAAAGCAAAAGAAAGCGCGGCCCCAGCUGCCCCGAGCCAAGCAGGCGUGAGCCAGAGCCAGAGCAGCCCCAGCGGGAGUCCCAGCCGCAGCCCCAGCCCCUCCGGAAGCCAGACCCGCAGUCAUAGCAGCAGCGCCAGCUCGGCAGAGAGCCAGGACAGCAAGAAGAAGAAGAAGAAGAAGGAGAAGAAGAAGCACAAGAAGCAUAAAAAGCAUAAGAAGCAUAAGAAGCAUGCAGGCACUGAAGCAGAAUUGGAAAAAAGCCAAAAACACAAACACAAGAAAAAGAAGUCGAAGAAGAGCAAAGAUAAAGAAAAGGAGAAGGAGAAAGAUGACCAAAAAGCGAAAUCUGUCACAGUGUAAAAGGACAGAUUUUUUUUAAUUGACUUAAUUACUAAGUCAUCUGUAUUAAAUUUUGUUAUAAUGUAAAGAGAUUCAAGCCUUGUAAAUAAUGACAUGGAAGACCCUGUGCUGCACUUAAAAUAUUGCUGCUUGAUUAUUUGAUUUUUACAUCAGAGCUUUAUAACACGAACUUUUGUACAGAAUUGUGAGUUGUGACCAUGGAACAUGAGCGGUUUUGCUAGGGCCUAUUAUUUUUAACCACCAUUAAAUUAGUUGAGGUGGAGUUUACUGUACUGUGAAAUUUUCACAUUUGAAUUUUUUUAAUUGCCUGGCAAAAGCUGAUAUCAGUUCUAAAAUAUCAGCAGAAUGAUUUGCUGAAUUCAUUACAACCCCGUUAUGUCACUUUUUGAUUACAAUAAAAGUUUUCAGUAAACUUUUCAAAUGUU